CUGCCCGGUCCCCGCAUCCAAUCACGGAGCGCUGUGGGGGCGGGUUCACGGGGCCGCAGCAGCGCGUGUGAGUCGGGGGCAAGAUGGCGGUGGAGAGCGGCUCGUUCUUCAUCCGCAGGAAGAAGACAAGUGAAGCGAGAGGCAAGAAAAGGAAGGCAGAAGAUGGCAAAGAUAAAGUUCGCAAGAAAUUUGCCCCGAAGCUGAAUGAAGAGAUUUCCAGUGACUCGGAGACUGAAAGUGCUGCUCACAAAAAGAAAGUUGCUGAGUCAUUGGAGAUAGAAGAAACGGCACAGGAGAAGAAGCUGCGACUUGCCAAACUUUACCUGGAACAACUCCGGGAAGAAGAACAAGAGAAGGCAGAGGAGGAACAGCUUGAGAAUGACCUCAUUGGAGGGAGGUUGGAGGAGGAUGUGCUGGAACAGAAGGGGAAACUUAAACGACUCGUCGCCAAAGAUUAUCUUCCUCCUGAUGUAUCUGAAAUUCGCCUUUUACGUGGUCACCAGCUUGCUAUCACGUGCCUAGUUCUGUCCCCCGAUGAUAAACAUGUAUUUUCAGCAUCUAAAGAUUGUUCCAUCAUUAAAUGGGACAUUGCUAAUGGUAAAAAGGUUCACACAAUCCGUGGAGGGCACAAGGGAAAAGAAGAUCAACAUGUGAGGCAUACAAUGCACAUCCUCUCCAUGGCAAUCUCAUCAGACGGCAAGUACUUGGCUACAGGCGAUAGAAACAAGCUGAUCUUAAUAUGGGAUGCCGCUACCUGCCAGCACCUUCACACUUUCAAAGGGCAUAAAGAUGUAGUGUCGGGUUUAUCCUUUAGGAAAGGGACUCAUCAGUUAUACAGUGCCUCGCACGAUCGCUCGGUUAAGGUAUGGAAUGUUGACCAGAACGCCUACGUUGAAACUCUGUUUGGUCACCAGGAUGCAAUCACAGGACUGGACAGCCUUAGUCGAGAGCGCUGUGUCACAUCUGGGGGCAGAGACCGGACGGUGCGCAUUUGGAAGAUUGCAGAGGAAGCACAGCUUGUAUUUCAUGGUCAUGAGAGUUCCAUAGACUGCAUUCAGCUGAUAAAUGAGGAGAAUAUGGUUUCUGGAGCUGAUGAUGGUUCCUUGGCCCUUUGGACAGUUACUAAGAAGAAGCCUCUGGUAACUGUCAAGGCAGCUCAUGGUAUCCAAGGAGACCCAGGCAUAGAGCAGCCAAAUUGGAUUACUUCUGUGGCAGCACUGCUGAACAGUGAUUUGAUAGCCUCAGGUGCUUCAAGCUGUUCGCAAAAUUCCCAGAUCAGACUCUGGAAGUGUGGAGAGGGCUUUAAGCGACUGGAUCCGCUUUUUGACAUCCCUGUGGUUGGAUUUGUGAACUGUUUAAAAUUUUCAAAUUCCGGUGAUUUUUUAGUGGCUGGUGUGGGACAGGAGCACAGAUUAGGUCGGUGGUGGAGACUAAAAGAGGCCAAGAAUGGAAUAUGUAUAAUACCCUUGAAAAAAACCAUGAACUAAACAACAAUUGUGAGAUAGCAAAAAGUUGUGAUAUAAUUAAAUAAUGUUUGAGAUUUCUGACAUUUGAGUGCCUAUUUUAUAAAUAAAAUUAUGGUGUAUUCACA